AUGCUCGUCCACCGUCGAGUCUCCAAUUAUGCAGGUGCAAGUCUUGCAAGGACAGCUGCACGAUGCCUGACGUCCUCUGCUACGCUGUCAGAGGGCGGCAGCAGCACACAACCCGACUCCAUUUUCGCUACCAAAGAAUCUCCUUGGGACCAUAUAUUGAGCGACUCAAUAAAUGACAUGCCACCUGUCCUCCCCUCUCCAGUCCGCAAUCCCUUACGAGCUGGCGGCGUAGAAACCUCUGGACGCACCCGCGCACGCAGACAAGCAAUGACCGCGCGUGAAGUCAGCGCUUUCGACGAAAUGUUCAACAUGAUCUUCGACGCAGUCUCAGAGCAAAAGAAUCCCUCCGCCAAACUCUCCUCCUCAACACAAGACGACCCACUGGCUGUUUUCGGCGGAAUCGGGCGCAAGCCAUUCGGCCAAGCCCCAGUGUCAGAUUUAUUCGGCAAACUCAGACGACACUCAAAACGGUUGAAAUGGACGACUGAGGCGGAUGAAGAAUUUGAUAAGAAGAAAGAGGAAAUGGAGCUUUGUGAUACGGAUCAGCAGCUGCUUGAAUGGGCUAUGCGCGAGGUGUUUGGGCAGUCUCAGAAAUACGAGGAACGCCUCACUCCAAGCUCGAACGCGAGCGCGAGCGCCAAUACACCACCACAAGUUACGUCUACGCAUCUUGAACUCCAACACCCGACAUAUCCCUACCUCAUCGCGCACCUCAUGCGUUCUUUCCGCGAUAAAUACCGCGACCCCCACCUCGCUCUCUCCAUCUUCGACUACGCGCGGCACCUAAGCAUCCCAAGCUACGUAUUCGGGUGCACCACUCCCGCAUACAAUGAGCUGAUAGAAACCCGCUGGUCGUGUUUCCGCGACCUCAGAGGCGUACACGACGCCCUCGAAGAGAUGAGGGUCAACGGGGUCGAGCCCGAUGGCAGAACCGAGAAACUCGUCGAGACACUAAGGCGCGAAGUAGGGGCACGCACGGUUUGGGAAGAGGAAUCUAUGUUUGGGAGUGGGGAGGUUGUUGGGAUGCUAUCUAAGAUCGAGCAGCUUGCUAUUAAGGAGCCGAGAAGGAAGCGGGGGAAAGGGUCGGGCAGGAAAGGGCCAGCUUUUGAUGCGUGGAAGGAGGACGCGCUUAAGGAGGACGUGGAGGACGGGUAUGAGUUCGGCCAGUGGGGUUCUCGCAAGGCGAGGCCAAAACAUCGGGAACGAGACUCAGAACGGACAGCUGUUACAGGACUAGAUGAUUUGCUGGAUGGUAAGAUACCAGGUGAAGACCAGCUGGAAUUCCAAUAA